GUGAGAAGUGCAGACGAAAACAUACCGGCGUGUCGCCUGCGUGUUGGACAGAGUAGAACAAUCUAUUUGGACAAGUAAACAGGUGACGUGCAUUACGAACAGCAUAAAGACGAGAAUUCUCCUGAGAAUGGAUCUGCUGUGCAUUGCCAUGUGCCUACUGGUGCUGUUUACUGUUGGAGAAACACAGAAAGAUAAACAACUGUAUUGUGCAGUGUGUCGAGUCAUGGUUGAUGAAAUGGCCUGGAGUAUAAGUCAAGUUGAUCCAAAGAAAACCCUGCAAGCGGGAAGUUUCCGUGUGGAUCCAAAAGGCAACCAGGCUCUGAAAGAGAUUCCAUAUGCAAGGUCAGAGACUCACUUGACAGAGCUGGUUGAGGAGAUUUGCAGUCGCAUGAAUGAAUAUGCACAGACAACAGAUGAUGAUGGAAAGAAAAGCAUUGUCAGGACCAACUCCAGGAACGGCAAACCUCUGUCUCUCAAGAACAUCAAUAUCAACCGAGAGAUACAGCAACAACUACGUUUCUAUUGUGAAUCACUGAUCGAGGAGCAUGAAGAGGACAUUAUUGGGCUUUUCAAACGCAAGAGUUUACCUAAUGCUGACCGAAUCAUCUGUGGAGAUGUUGCAGCUGCAUGUACUGAAGCUGAACUGAGUGAACCCCUAGCAACCUUGAAAGCUGAGGAAGAAAUGGAGGAGACAGAGGAAGAACCUGAAGAAGACGAAACGGAGCAGGAAUCAACUAAGGAGGAAUUAUGAUGACGUUCAUGUAGGAAAUCUAUUUCACUGAUGUAUGUAUUCAUUACCGUCAUCCAUGUGCAGUGUGUACAGAGAGCAAGCUGUCAUCAAGACAUUUUUCGUGGGAAAGUUUAGAACAAUGUUUGGAAAGAAUGUUUGACAAAAUGACUUGUUAUGGCUGAUGUAAUCUUGGAUAUACACGUAUUCAAUUAUUGUUAAAGGUCACAUGCAACCAAAAAAUCAAACAUAAUUAAAACACAAUGCAUUCAUUGCGUUAUAUUUCAGUUGAAUUUGCAUUUUUGAUGAUUUGUAUCUGUAAGUCCAUACCUAAAGUAUUAGAAUCUGCAAAGUUGUGUUUUACAAUGCAUGUGACCUUUAACUUUUUACAGUGUUCAAUGUUUUACAAUACAGCACAUAAAUGAUGUGAUUUAUAAGUAAUAAGUAGCACAUAAGCUCUGUUUAGACAUAUGGAUAUGGUGAAAUUGUCCCUCUGUUCAACUCUUUGUCAAGGCCAUUUUACCAGACCAGAGUUUUGUACAAGACACCUUUGAAGUUUUGCUAUUCAGUGAUUUUUAGGACAAAACCUUCAGUGUGAAUAUAAGAAACACAAUAUAUACACCUGGAAAGAGUUAGCACCACUUAUACAUAUUAUGAUUAAACAUGAUUGUAUCUAAUUCUUGUUUUAUUGUUCAGAACACAUACAUUUUUGUUUACAGUUACAAUUUCAUUUUGAAAUAAGCAAACCUAAAUCAAGUAUGUAAUAACGUUUUUUGUAACAGAUCAACAACAAUAGUUAUUUCUACUGCAACAAUGUGUGAAAGGCAUUUCUGGAGUCCCAAGCUGUGAUAUUGCUGAAAGCGUAAAACCAUACUUCCUCUUUGCAUGUAAAGUGCUUGUACCUAGUUUCUGGUAGCAAUGGUACUAAGUAUCUUACCAAAGUAGAAUCAGUGUCAUAUACAGAUAUUUUUAAAAGAUGCAUUGAAGUUUUGGAAAGUUAGAUAAAGAUAGUGUGGUGCUUACUAAAUCCAAAUGUUUUUUUCACAUAAAAUCAGCCAUUAAUAAUUUUACCUUUACAAGAUUAUGGCGAUAACUUGCUGUGAAUUUAGCACAUUAGACAGUAAUCAUGACAGCUGAAAAGCAAAACUUUGUAAGCUUCCUGUUCUGUGAAGUUUGUGUUUCCUCAUGAUAUUGAAAUAGUUGGAAUCUUGUGCAGACAACUCACAACUACAUACACAACACACAUAUAUUUCUUUGAUAUUAGGUUUUGUAUUAAAAAAAGUAGUGCUUAGUGUGAUUCUUUCUUGUACUUUAUGUUGUGGGGAAAUGGAUUUUAUUUGUGUUUCUAAAUGUUUUGUAUACACAUAUCAAAACUUUCCUCGCAAUAUUUCAGAUACAGAAAACUGUAUGCAUGACUGUUUGUCUCACUAGUAAGUCUUUCAUCAUCGUUAAAAACGUUUUUAGAAAAUCAUGUAUGCAUUGUGCUUAAAGCUUGGUAUGAAUGAUUCACUUUUUUCAGAGCACAAAUAUAAGAUAAGAUAAGAUAAUUCUUUAUUGUCCCAAGGGAAAUUUGUUUUGCAUCAUACGUUCUCCAGUUUUUCAUUCAUAAAGCAGCCAUACAUAACAUUGCAAUUGGUAAUCAUGAAAUAAUCAGGAUAUAAAUACAUCAAUUUAGUACACAAACAUAGAUAUUGAAUAGAAUUUGGACAAUUAAAAGACAAGUCAUUCACAGAAUUUGUAUAUAGCCUUACAUACACCAUUCUCAAGGUGGUUCUCUUGAGCAAGUUGUUUUUUUGUUAUUUGUGCUACUUUAAAGCAUUCGAAACAGUUGAGUGCUCAUUCUUUAUGACAGGUUGUUAUAAAAGUUAAAAACAAGAAAACAAAAGCUGUCUCACACUAAGCAUCUUGUAAAAAUCAUAUUAAACUUAAAGUAAAAUCAACAGAUGUUUCCUUAUCCUGUCUCUCAUGAUGCAUAAUGUGAGGCAGAAUGAAUAUAAAUAUAUCAGAUUUGCUGAAAAAUAAACAAUUAAUCUGUAUUGAUAGAUUUGAAUAAAAAGAAAUGUAAUAGAUAAAUGCAGACAGGCCUGUUUCAGGUGUUACAUCCUUUCCCACAUACAUCUGCUUACUCUGCUCAUACAGGUUUCACAAUCAGUGUGAACACAGCAGCCAUUUAGAUGUGUUUUCAAGAUGCUUUUAAACAUAUUUAGAGGCCUGCAUUGUGAAAGAAUCUAUUUUUGAUACAUGUAACAUUAUUCCUGCAGGCAUCUUGUUCUUACCUUAGAGUUCAGUGUCUCUUAUCUUGUUAACCCAAGUAGGCUGUAUAGUUGUGAAUGUAUGAAGCUGACUGCUGUUAUUGAGUGCACUUGACUUUGUUACAAGCUGAAUGUAUCUGAACCCUGUGGGCAUCUUGGUGUAGGUCAACAGUACUAGUAUCGAAUGGGUGUCUUUGGAGCCAACUGGGUCCUUUGUGUCUCUGGAUGUAGGGAGUUCCAUGUAUCUGGGGAGUUACGGUGAAUGAGGGUGUCUUGAAAGUGGCAGAGUAGGCAUAUAGGGUAUGAAUAUAUAAAUGGUAAGAGUUGGAAGCACAAGAAAGCAUUUUGAUUGUGUAUGAUGCAGUGCAGAAUCAUGUACUCCUGUAUUGACGUCCUCUCACUUGUUAUCUGGAUGUGACUGGUGUGUGCUGUUGUGUAAAUAAAUAAUAUUUUUAA